AAGUUCAGUUUGCCGCUCGGUUCGUUACGUGUAAUAGCUGCUUAAGCUUAACAUCUGAAAGUAAUAUCAUUUGUGCAACAUGUUGAUUUUAACUUUGGCGUUUGUUCUGCUGUUUGUUUUGUUUUACCAGCGGCAACGACAAUUGACAAUAUUUAAAAGAUUGCGCAUUCCCGGUCCGGAACCAAAUUUUUUUUUGGGUAAUUUAAUUGAUAUUAGUCGUGAAGGGUCCUACUCUAUAUUUCCCAAGUGGAGUAAGAAAUAUGGACCUAUCGUCGGAUUCUUUUUUGGCGGGCGACCUCAAAUAUUGGUCAGCGACAUUGAAUUGAUUCGUUCUGUGUUGAUUAAAGAUUUCCACAAAUUCACCGAUAGAAAUCAGGUCAUACCGGGCGGUAUUCAUCCGGUUCCAGUAUUAAAAAAUAUGAUUAUUUGGUCUAAUUACAACGCUUGGAAAAAUAUACGUGCCGCGAUAACACCAUCGUUUUCACCCUCUAAACUGAAAGCUAUGGAGCCAUUGAUUAUGGAGUCAAUAGACAAAUUCGUCAGCAAAAUUGGUGAUAAGGCGAACAGUGGCGAAGAGUUAAAUUUGAAGUCUUUGAUUUAUGAGUUCAUGUUUUCCUGUUCGACUAAAUGCGUUUUUGGGCUUGAUCUUAAAUUAAAACAUGAAACUAAAAACUUCUUCGAAGCUUCUAGUCCACGCUUUGAUAGAUCAAUAUUAGCAAGCAUAAUGAUCCUGUAUCCACCGCUGUCAUUUAUAGCUUAUCCGCUGAGGGUUUUGUGGGAACAAUUUCGGUUUUAUAUGCUGUGGUCACCAGAAGGCUUUGUCUACGAUUUCACAAAAAAGAUAAUCCAAAAACGAAAUGUUACAAAAAUUCAGUCUGUUGAUUUUUUGCAAUUAUUGAUGAAAACAAAGAGAAUUAAGGCAUCUGGUCAUACGGAUUUAGAGAUGACAUCCUUAGAUGUUAAGUCAAAUAAUAAUUUAAUGAGCCGAGUAUUGCAUGGUGAAAAUGUGUCAAACGAAGAGAUUGUGACAAAUGCAAUGGUUCUUCUUCUCGCUUCUUAUGAAACAACAGCAGUAACUUUUCAAUUUUGUUUGCACAAUUUGGUGAAUCAUCAAAACAUUCAAGAAGAAUUGAGAACUCAACUUCGAAAAGCUGUGGACAAUGGAACCGUCAGUUUAUCUACUGUUUCUAAAGUCCCACUGCUCAAUCGCAUAGUCAUGGAGACGCUUAGGAUGUUUCCACCGGCAUCACCGUUUGUGACAAGAGUAGCCAAUGAGAAUUACGAAUAUCAAGGUACAGUCAUACCGAAAGGAAUGCCCGUAAGUAUAGCCGUUUCUUCAAUCCACAAUGAUCCGACAUUGUGGCCAGAUCCCGAAGAAUUUCGACCGGAAAGAUUUGAAAGUUCUUUCGAUAAAAUGUCGUAUUUGGCAUUUGGCAUUGGACCAAAAAAUUGCCUUGGAUUGCGAUUUGCUUAUAUGGAGCUUCAAUUGACUAUCGCAAAACUAAUCUUGAUGUAUCGAUUGGAACCUGGACCAUCAACGGAAAAAAAGAUUGAGACUAAGGAAUUGUACGCAACUUUAUCACCGAAGAAUGGUGUAUUCUGUAAAUUAACUAAACUCGAAGAAUAAAUUUGCUUCUAAAUGACGUUGGAACAGGCAUCACAAAGCAAAGCAAUCUUUGAAA